GUUCGUUGGAUAUGGAUGAUAAGCCUGAUCCUGGAACUCUAACUGAGGGUGCAGAACUUCUCUUCUCCUUUGGAAUUAUAGCAGAUAUUCAGUAUGCUGAUUUAGAAGAUGGCUAUAAUUUCCAUGGAAGCAGGAAGAGAUACUACAGACACAGUCUUCUACAUUUACAGGGUGCUGUGGAAGACUGGAAUAAAGAAGUCCCCUGUUGUGUACUUCAGCUUGGAGAUAUUAUUGAUGGAUAUAAUGCACAGUAUCAAACAUCAGAAAAGUCACUAGAAGUUGUUAUGAACACAUUUAAACUGCUUAAAGUCCCAGUUCAUCAUACGUGGGGAAAUCAUGAAUUUUAUAACUUCAGUAGAGACUAUUUAACCAAUUCCAAACUUAACACAAAGUUUCUAGAGGACCGGAUUGAACAUCAUCCUGAGACUAUACCUUCAGAUAAUUACUAUGCUUAUCACUUUGUACCAUUCCCUAAAUUCCGGUUCAUUUUACUUGAUGCUUAUGACUUGAGCAUCUUGGGUGUGGAUCAGUCUUCUCCAAAAUACCAGCAAUGUAUGAAGAUACUGAAGGAGCAUAAUCCAAAUGCGGAAUUAAAUAGUCCUCAAGGACUUUCUGAGCCUCAGUUUGUCCAGUUUAAUGGAGGCUUCAGCCAAGAACAGCUGAACUGGUUGAAUGAAGUGCUUACAUUCUCUGACUUGAACCAAGAAAAGGUGGUGAUUGUGAGCCAUCUUCCCAUUUACCCCGACUCCUCUGACAGUGUGUGCCUCGCCUGGAAUUACAGGGACGCCCUGGCAGUCAUUUGGUCUCACGAAUGUGUGGUGUGCUUCUUUGCUGGCCAUACUCAUGACGGUGGAUACUCCGAGGAUCCAUAUGGUGUGCACCACGUCAGUCUAGAAGGAGUCAUUGAAACGGCACCAGACAGCCAAGCUUUUGGCACAGUUCAUGUCUAUCCUAAUAAAAUGAUUUUGAAAGGGAGAGGCAGAGUCCCAAACAGAAUUAUGAAUUACAAGAAGAGAGCUUCCCAUUGUUAGCCUGAUUUGUUUCGUUUACCUGGUAGAAGAAAAAAAAAAUAUUAGUGUUUG